GUUCACGCUUAAAUAUAAAGUGAAGAAAUUGGAAAUGGUUGAGUAUUCAAAAGUAUUCAAACAUCUUCUCACGACUGGAAAAGGGCGAAAAUGAGUAUCCGGUAUUACCGGAUUGAACGAAAGGGGUCUCGAUCGCUGUAUUCGAUCAAAUUUGGAAUCUGAUUGCAACUGAAGGACCUACUAUCCAGCCUCAGGUAAGCUAAGUCAAGGAAACCAGUAGCGUAGGACCUCUUUAUGUUGUAGACAAAAAAGAAGAAAAUAUUUUGGAAAAACACACUGUAUACUCUAAUUUGCCACUAGCAUUUACCAGUAUCACAAGCAGUGAGUUAGUAAAUUUAGGCCGAUAUCAACCGUCCAAGUUGAAGUGUCAUACUGCCUACGGCAAAGUUCCCAAUAGUCGAUGGUGGUCCUCGUUCCGCAGGACGUAUGUUUAACAUAUCUGCUUUCAUGGCUUUAUCUUUGUGAAACUAUGAUGCAGGUGCCAUUCUAUUCGUCUAAACGAUGAAGAAUAUCCAGGAUAUUUUUAUUUAAAAAAAAUCAAAGUCCAUGUCUGAGGGGUUAUCAUCCAUGUGACGAAUACUCAUAAAAUGGAUGGCUUACGGCGCUUGUAAAUAGGCGCUAUAUCUGUAAGUCGGUAGGUGCGUCGAGAGUAUUCCCAAGCAACCACGACAGACACAAUUAUUUGUGUUAAAAUAUAUUGUUUCCAAUCGUUGUGUAGUCAAAACCGAGAAGUUCGAGUUGGAAAACUCGUUGUAACUUGAAGGAGCAAUAAAGCAACCAACACGAACAUGUUAAAAAAUAAUAAUUCAGAAUUAUAUGCGCAUUUAAUUCAAUAUCUCGUGUAUUCUGGAUAGUUACAUUAAAUUACUUUGAAAAUAUAUAUUUGAAAAGGCCUUUUAAAUAUUCUCAUUUCAACCGUCAUUCCGUGUCGUUAUUUUGAAGAAACGUCAAGUGGAACAUUUUUUUAAAGUGACAAGUUGAUAGCUUGCGAAGCAGCCCUGAGCCUGUGUUUACAGUGCGGCAACAACAAAAGGAGCAACAAUAAGCAUUGCGUUACCAACCAAGCAUCCAACAAUAAGCAUUGCAUUACGAAAGAAACGUAAUUCGUCAGCUUUUCGGUGAUCUUCAUUGAACGAACACCAUGUUAACUAAAAGAACUGCCCCUCGAAACGUGUCCCACCGUUCGAGCAACAUCGAACCACCCAAGAGCACGCGAAAGAUGCUUACCAUUGCGGAAAAGGUGAAAUUGCUCGACAUGCUCAAGCAGGGCAAAACAUACGCUGCCGUUGGCCGUUGUUUCGGCAUCAAUGAAUCCUCGGUUCGCUACAUAAAAAAGGACGAAAGUAACAUACGAGCAACGGCAACAGUGUCCGCGAGCAAAACAACGAAGCGAGUGGUCACACCUCGUAACCGAAACAUUAUACAGAUGGAAGCGCAAUUAAUUUCAUGGAUAUCGAAAAGAAAGGAAAACAAUGCUGCACUUACUACCAAAAUAAUUUGCAGGGAGGCAAGAACCAUAUUCCACAAGAUUGCAUCCGCGAACGACGGCAAACCACCGACAGAGCCAAGACCAGCCCGGUUUAGUGCUAGCAAUGGAUGGUAUGAAAAGUUUCAGAAACGGCAUGGAUUAAGAAACCUUCUUUACAGCACAACACAACCGGCUGCUUCGCUAGAGCCGAAAAAAGGCAAAAUAUGGGAGCUAAUUGACAGCAGCACCGACGACGAUGAUUGUGAACCGGUCGAUAUGCCCGUAAAGGCUAAUGGUAACGAAAAGCAUCAGAAAAACGGAAAACCAACCGAAGAUGAGGUUGAUAUAACGCUAAGCCACCUAACAACGCUGGUAACGUUAACAAAAGAAAUACAACGCAUGGCUCAGGAUUGGGAUCCCCAGGAAACUCGUUCGUCGCAAUUCGCCAGUGUAGUACAAAACGCCUUAUCAGUUUACGAAUCGUUACUAGAAGAAAAGAAUGGAGUGAGUCAGGCAGGGUCUAGGAAAAAACUUAACUUUCGAGAACGGAAACAUUGUGCCAGUAUUACCAAAACUCGAACGAAGACUUCACCAAUGUGCUAGGCGUUAAAUAUACGGAUCACCUAAAUUAAACACACUAUGUCAGUUUUAUAUCACUUCAUGCCAAAAACGUACUGCCAACAUAAUAUUGUUUUUAGUUAAUCGAGGUUUAAAAACUUUUCUCGAUUAAGCACCAUUAGCUGCCUCCCAAAUAUUUCAACCUUUCUGCACUGGUUCUAUCUUUCUUUCUAUGUCAAUUUGGUCCCAACGAUCGAAAUGAUUCGUUUGUCAGUCUCCGUUCGCAUGACUCAUACACUCGAAAGCAACUGAAAUUAGUUGUCGAUCGUGUUUCAACUGGAUAGUGGAGUACUGCAAUCCCUUCGUGGGAAGUUGCAAUCAUACAGUGGAAUGUCGUAAUCGGUUAGGAGAAAUAUUCAACUCAGUUGUGAAACUUUGCAGUUAGCUGUAAAAUUUCUGCCGAACAUUUGGUUCAAUCCUAUCAUACUCUAAAAAACUCAAAAUGUCAUUGAAUCGCUAGUUUACCACACAUUGUAACGCACAUUUAAACCGGUUGUUUUCUAGCAUAUAUGGAAAAUGUUACUUAAACUCCUAAAUUCUUAAUAAAUAACGUUAUCGUAGAAAACAGCUACCAUGUUACAUUCAAAUUAUAAGUAACACACACCCGUGCACCCUGGUAAAAUAGUCUUUUGUCAUCUUGCGAUUAAGAGAAAUACAUACGGUUGCACUAACAUAUCAAUUUUAUAAAAAAAAAAUUAAAUAAAUUACCUUGGAUAAUGCAUCGUAA